ACAUCAUGCUGAUGUUGUAUAAUUUUCUAUGUUAAAUAUCCUUGUAAUUUUCUAAUAUUAUAUUUUAGAUGUUCCAUAUUAAUUAAAUUUACUAAUUCUAAUUCUCUUCUUAUAGUCGUAUUUUCUUUUCUUCAUUUGUUACAUGUUGUAGAUUUUAUUUAUUUAUUACUUGGUUACUUCCAUUCUCUUUUUGUUCUAAAUUUUCUUCAAUUAUUGGAAUAUGUUUUAUUCUUUCUGACUGUGUUUCAUUUAUCCUUCUUUGGUCUUGAUGUAUUGAUGAUCGAUUAGGUUCUAUUUUAACUAUUUUUAAUAGUACUUCUAAUUAAAUUAGCGAUUUAAAUAAAUCUUCUAAUAUUUAUUUUAAAUAUUUCUUAUUAAUUAUUAUACUCUAUAUAUUUAUUCUUCUUCUUGAUAUUUUUUUAUUAUUUUUACCAAUUUAUCUAUUUUAUUAACAAUUUUGAUUAGUCAUUUUAGUAAUAUUAUGUUUAGAAGGUUUUUUAAUUUCUAUAUUAGAUAAAAACUUCUUAAAAUACAGUUUUGGAUGUUUUUAAAAGUUUUGGGUACCAAAAAGUAAUUACAAUUGUGGGUUGGAUGAAAAACUAAACGGAUACACAUUUUGCCGACUUUAAUGGUACCUGACGCCCUAUUCAAACUUAAGUGGUAUGUCUGGCCCAAUUCUCAAGUUUAAGUGGUAGCUGAGGUAUUUUACCUGGAUUUAGUUUGUUCGGUUAUAGGGUCAAUUACAUGUGGACUCACUUAUCUUUGGAGUUACUAACAUAUUAACCACUGAACUUUUAUUUUAACAUAACCGAUUAAAUUUGUCCACCAAAUUAUUCUUGAUCAGCCUGCUGAAUCAACCAGAUGAUGAAAGCAAUGAUAAACCUUAACUUGUUGACAUAAGAAGCAAAUUUUGACCCAAAAUCGAUCAACACAUCUAUGUUGACGCAAUUUAAUUAGAAUCGAAAAAUAACCCGUGGUCACUCUAGUCGGUUCCUUUCAAUACUAAUUUGAAGGAGUAGAAACUCGGAAUACUAUUGAAAAAUGUGAAGGUCGUAUUUUCUCAUUAUAUAUAGUUUUGAAAAUCCCCUCUAGUAGAACACAAAGCUGAUAAUUUGUUAAGAAUCAGUCCAUUACAAUAACUCGAUUAAUCGGAAGAAGUUUAUUUAUGAAAUUCAUAACAUCAAUCUCUAACAUGCCCACUGAACAAAUGUCGACGAACUUGGUUUGCACAAAACUCAUCAUACAUACCUUGUGCUUAAUUCAGGCUGUUAAUAUUAAAAGUAGUGAGAAUUUGAACACUGAACCUCUUAAUUAUUGACAGUAACAUACAUAAUAAACAAUUGGUCUAUUCAAAUAAUUAAAAAUGUUAGGGCAAAGCUCGAAGUUCAUGAAUACCAAAAUGAUCCAAUUGUGAUACUUUUUAGUAAAGAUCCAAUUGUGAUACUUGAUUAGCUUAAACAGAAUAUAUUAUUAGUCGAAAGAGACCAAUACAGGAUUCUGUAUGAUUAGCUCUUUAAUUAAGAGUUUAUUUAUCUAAGUAAACCUAAUGAUAAUAUAAAGUUUUGAUGCUAUGACAAACUAUUGGUGGUUGGCCACGUUCCCAUGGCUAAGUAUCAUAUUAUUAGUAUAAUUAAUUAUUAGUAUCAUAUAAUUAAUCGGCAAGCAUACUUAAGGGGUCUGGGCAAAUACGGGCGGGUCUACCCGAAGCUUGGUGCACCCCACGCUAGCCCUUAAACCCAUUUCUUUCCCUUUCAUCCCCUCCAACGAUUCCCUGACGGCUGAGCAAGUUGGACCGGCGAAGUGAACGUAAUCUGUUAGUAUGUGAUAUAUGAUACGCGAUUGAACCUCUCCCAACAACUCGAGUUAUUGGGAUCAACUGGUUCUUGACAUGGGUUUAUUGCAAAAGAAUGGGACAUAUAAUUCUUGACUGUCGAAUAAUCGGCAAGCAUACUUAAGGGGUCUGGGCAAAUACGGGCGGGUCUACCCGAAGCUUGGUGCACCCCACGCUAGCCCUUAAACCCGUUUCUUUCCCUUUCAUCCCCUCCAACGAUUCCCUGACGGCUGAGCAAGUUGGACCGACAAAGUGAACGUAAUCUGUUAGUAUGUGAUAUAUGAUACGCGAUUGAACCUCUCCCAACAACUCGAGUUAUUGGGAUCAACUGGUUCUUGACAUGGGUUUAUUGCAAAAGAAUGGGACAUAUAAUUCUUGACUGUCGAACUAGAGAGAGGAAUGAGGCGCGUGAAGGAAAUCAACAAAGGUAUCCAUCUCGUUCCGGGAAUAAUGAUUCUCGUCCCAGCUCUUAUCAGCCUCGGUCUGGGUAUUAUAAUCUCCCUGAUCAUUAUGCUUAUGGGGCAUUUGCUGCUGAUGAUUCCGCCAAUUGGCGGAUGGGCAAUUCAUGUGACCAGUGGAGGCCAGGAACGCUUCAUGGGACAGCGCCAGGAGAAGCCAACAGCGGCCGGGGAAGUGGUCCUACGAGAAAUGGACCGGAAGGUGAGGCCAGCGCUAGCGGCGGCGGUGUGACCAUAGCUGCUGUGGAGCAAAUUGUAAACUCUGAUCGUCCUUCUGUUCGUCUGAAUUCAACAAACUAUGCUCUCUGGGACUUUCAAUUCCGGGUUUUUGUAGAAGGGAGAGGAUUGCUCAGCAUCCCUGAUGGAACGCAGCCAAAGCCAGAAGGGGCCGCCGCAUGUGCUCAAGCUAUCGCUGCCUGGAACCAAAACGAUGCUCGCGUUCGAUCAUGUUUGCUCGGACGUGUGGAUCCCUCCACCUGCCUCAGUCUUCGUCUGUAUCCGACCUCCAAUCGAAUGUGGAGACAUCUCGCGGUAAUGUAUUCUACAGUCAAUGCUGCCCGUCAAUUCGAGAUUCAACUCUCCUUGACUCGUCUAGAGCAAGGAGAUCGCACUGUUUCUGAGUAUUUUAAUGAUGCACAAGAGCUCUGGACCAAGCAAGUUCUUCUUAACGUUGCUCUCCGUCCUCAAGCUGUUCUUACUGAAGAUGCGAUUGCCGAGAAAAUGCAGACUCGGCUUCUGAACUUCUUGAUGAAAUUACGUCCAAAAUUUGAAUCUGUUCGUGCAACACUGCUGAAUCGAGACAUUCUGCAGUUUGAUGGAGUUCUCGGAACUCUUGUGAGGGAGGAAACUCGCCUAAGAACUCAGGCUUCUAUCGACGUUCGACCCGAUGAGGGAGAAGUCCUAGCUGUAGCUGCUGAGCAAGGUAAUCCUGGUUUGGGUCACAAUGCUUCUGUGUAUGCUGUAGCAAAACCCCAAUUUCAGCGUCGAGUUUACGCUACAUACCUGGAAUGUCACCACUGUAGGGAAAGAGGACAUGUGCAGAAACAUUGUAGAAGGAGGAACUUUUGUGUUGUUUGCAAAAGAAUGGGACAUAUAAUGUUUGACUGUCGAACUAAAGAGAGGAAUGAGGCGCGUGAAGGAAAUCAACAAAGGUAUCCAUCUCGUUCCGAGAAUAAUGAUUCCCGUCCCAGCUCUUAUCAGCCUCGGUCUGGGUAUUAUAAUCGCCCUAAUCAUUCUGCUUAUGGGGCAUUUGCUGCUGAUGAUUCCGCCAAUUGGCGGAUGGGCAAUUCACGUAACCAGUGGAGGCCAGGAACGCUUCAUGGGACAGCGCCAGGAGAAGCCAACAGCGGCCGAGGAAGUGGUCCUGCAAGAAUGGACCUGAAGGUGAGGCCAGCGCUAGCGGCGGCUGUGUGACCAUAGCAGUUGUGGAGCAAAUUGUAAACUCUGCAAUUAAUGCAGCGUUUGCGAUGCUAAAUGGAACUGGUAAAUCCCGCACACCUUGGCUUCUUGAUUCUGCGUGUUAUAAUCAUAUGACACGUGAUUCACAUAAUUUAAAGAAUGUGUCUCCUGUGGAAAACAUGGAAUUGAUGGUAGCUAAUGGGUCGAAGUUGAAAGUUCAUGGAAUAGGUGAUGUUGAAACUGAAGGGGUGAACUUGAAUAAUGCGUUACAUGUGCCAGCUUUAGUUCCCAAUUUGGUUUCGGUUGGUCAACUUACUGAGCAAGGUUACACUGUAUCUUUUGCUCCGCCUGGUUGUCUGUGCAGGAUUCGAAGACGGGGAGGCCAAUCGGAAAGGACAGUAAGCAAGGUCGAUUGUUUCAUCUUAAGGAACUACAUGGGCAAAGUAUUUCUUCUGGUGUCAUUGGUUCGUUGAAUAGGCCUGUCAGUAGUCUUGUGUCUUCUAAUUCUUGUUUAGUUAUUUCUAGUUCGUCGAAUAAGUUGUGGGAACUUUGGCAUGCCAGGCUGGGGCAUCCCCACUCACUUCAUCUUUCUGUGAUGUUCAAACAAUCUUUGCUUGGUACAAAAAAAUGUUAGCAUUCCUGAUUUUCAUUCAUGUACCAGAUGCGUAGAAGCCAAAACUGCCAGUAUUUCUUAUCCCUCUAGUACUACUGUUAUUCAGGAUCCUUUUCAUUUGUGGACCGGCUCCUACUGUUUCACGUCAUGGUUUUAGAUAUUUUGCUCUUUUCAUAGAUCACGCAACUCGCUAUACCUGGAUUUAUCUUCUUCGUCUCAAAUCUGAUCUUCGGGAUGUUGCCAUCGAAUUUUUAAACAUGACUCAAACUCAAUUCGGCACUUCUGUCAAAGUUAUUCGUUCGGAUCCAUGUGGGGAAUUUAGUUCUUUUCCUCUGCGCGAAGUUUAUCGAUCUCGUGGGAUUUUGAGUCAAAAAUCGUGUCCUAGCGUUUCUCAGCAAAAUGGUCUAGUCGAGCGUAAAAAUCGUCACGUGGUCGAGUUAACUAGGGCCUUGUUGCUAGCUUCUUCUGUUCCGUCCAGGUUUUGGCCUGAGGCGGUUGUCACGGCUGUCUGGUUAAAUAAUUAUCAAAUCACUCCGGUCCUGGGUAAUGCUAGUCCUUUUUUUAAAUUGUUUGCUCGUCACCCUGAUUACUCUCGACUUCGUGUGUUUGGAUGUCUUUGCUUUGUUCUUCUUCCAAAAAAGGAGCGUACUAAGU